CCUGGUUUUGACCAUGAUGCCAUCACCGGUCCACUGGUAAACCAGUGACCAGGAGCAAUGCCUCGGCAAUGUUCGCCGGACAGCCUCCCGCUGUGUUUCCAAUCUCCCCCGUCACCACCCCCUGGCAAUAGCAACCUAUCUAACAAGCCACAGUUCGGUAUGACGGGGACGUCAUCGCCUCGACCAUUUAUUUAGUUUUAAUUGGCUGCCACUAUGUUACGAACAGCUUAUUUUCAGUGACAGUGCCGCUAGCUCAGUCUGCCUCAGGGCAGAGUACCCCUAAUGCCACAGUUCGCAAUAUAAAAAAACAUCGACAACUUCGCUGUCUCGCAUCACUGAAACUAUCGGACAUCACUAAGAACAAAACGUAAACAAAGCCAAGCGCUCCCUCCCUACCAAGUGUACCCUUUAUGCUGCUGGGCACCUCACAAACUAGGCCUGACGACAACCCUCCUCGCGACCACGACGGUUCCAUCUCCCUCACUGGUACAAGUUACUUAUACAUUCCGUCAAGACCAAGACUUGGCCACCGUCUUAAAGAAUUACGUGGUCAAAGUAGAGAAUGUGUUUUCAGGAAAAGGCUACAGGCACCGCAAAAAGUUAUGCACGGUCCUCAAAAAAUACACACGAAGGGCGUGCGUGCUAGGAAUUCUGAGGAGCUCCUGGGGAAAAGAAGGCAAAGGCCAAAAGGCAAACGACGAGGACAAAUACGGCUCUCGGGUCUAAAUCCGGAUAAAUGCACAAAUACCACUGUUGGCCGGGACGGAGGCCGAUUGUCGUCGGCCUGAGCACUUUUUGCUGGA